CACACACUCAUGGCAGGAGUCAAUCAGUCAGUCAUUAACUCAGGAUGUGUGUGAGCUGUCCACAUGAACACACGUUUCAGAUGAUAAAACGGGAAGUCCUUCAAUUCAAAGAAACAAUAAUUUAAACAAUUUGGCACAUUACUGUUUCUUCGUCUGUGUAACAAUCGAAGUCUGCGCCUUUGACAACAACUUCCUGUUGCGAUGUCUUCGUCUCUGCCACUGGCCUCCCUGCCCCCGAGCCCCCUGGCCAUGGAGUAUCUCAACGACUUCGACCUGCUCAAGUUUGAAGUGAAGCCAGACACACCUCCGCCUCCUCAAACCUGCCUAUACCCCAAACCAGGCCUCCAUCCGGAGACGACGACGGGUUCCCCGUAUGCUCCUUGCCCUCCUCCUGACUCCAGCCUCAGCUCCAGCCCCUACACUUCGCUUCCUCCAUCACCAACGCUCAGUGACGGACACCCACCGCCAUCUGCAUCCUCCUCUUCCUCUUCUCUCUCUUUCCCGCUGUCCAUCUCCACUGGAUACAUAUCGGGCCAGAGCUCCGGCUCUCAAGGGAACCUGGACGGGAGCCCAGCCGCUGGAGGCCCCGCGCCGUGUUCAAACCCCACCUCGUUGGAGGAUCUGCUCUGGUUGGCCGCACUGCAGCAGCAGUUCGGUGGGGAGCCCGGGGGCGCCGCGUCCCUGCUGGGAGCUCUCGGAGGAGUGCCGGAGCGAGGGGACCGGGAUCGAGGAGGGUUUCUGGGAUGUGAGGACGCAGUGGAGGCCCUGUUAAACUCCGCUGCUGCUGCAGUCAAUUCACAGUUCCCGGUUUUGUCUCAGAGUUCGAGCAGCAGUCACAUGGGUGACUCCAGCAGUGACAGCGGGGCUGAUGUUGUACUCAACAAGCCAUCAGACAUGUGUCACCGCCCUAUCCUGGUCGUUUCUUCCACCCCUCCAUCUCUUUCCAAUCUCAACACAUCAACCAGUCCCUUCUCACAGCCCCUCAGUCCACAGAGCCGCCUCCAUCACCCACACCAUCCAAUGCAAGGCCAUUAUCAUCAUCAUCACCAUCAUCAUCAUCUGCAACUCUCUCAGUGUGGGGUGGAUGAGCGUUUUUCUGAUGAGCAGUUGGUAAGCCUGUCUGUACGAGAGCUGAACAGACAUUUGCGUGGAGUGAGCAAAGACGAGGUGGUCCGUUUGAAACAGAAGAGACGAACGCUGAAGAAUCGAGGUUACGCCCAGUCCUGCCGUUACAAACGACUCCAGCACCGGCACGCGCUCGAGUCCGAGAAACAUAUUCUCACACAGCAGCUGGAGCAGCUGCAGUGUGAGCUGUCUCGCGUGUUGAGAGAGCGAGACUCGUACAAAGCGCGUUACGAGAAGCUCGUCAGUUCCAACGAGACUCAGCCUUCCCAUCCCAACACCUCGCCUUCUCCUACUCCUCCGGAUUACUUUUUGUGACAAAAUGAACAUUGAACAGAAGAGAAUGAAAAGAGAGCUGAUGAAAGCGAUGGGUGAAAGUAAUGCAACAGAGCUGUAACUACAACUCAACUUGAAAUAAGCUAUUUAACCAAAACGGGUUGAUUGUGAGGUGGACCUGAGCCCUGGACUGGAAUGCUGCUGCUGCUGCUGCUGCUACUGACGGGAUUGCGUUUUUGCCCAUUGUGAGCUUGUAUAAAACCAACCUGAUUUCAUAAGCACUCAUAGGUGUUUGAAAAAAAAAAAGGGGGGUUGUAGCAUAUGCAUGUUUGGAUGGACACUGAAUAUGUGCAGAACCAAAGAACGGACUGACAGUAUUCAACACAUAAAGCAUUUUACAUAAUGAAUCCUCUAAGGAUAAGACAAGUUGUUCUCACUACGUUCUAGAUUCUGUUAAUAUUGAUAUUGUACAGAUUUAGUGUCUAAACUACAAACAUGUAUGUGUGCACAUUUUCUACUAUUACCUAUGAAUGCGAAUGUGAUCACCCAUGGUAGCACAAAAGACUUGCUAUCCCUUUGUGUUGAGCUAUUUGUCACGAUGAGUUUAGUUCUUACGAGAGUUUCAUUGGCAUUCACCAAAAUGACUGUUAGAGAUAUGAAUCUAUGCAAAACUGCUGGCAUUUUGAGCAAGAGAGUAAUGCAUACAGACUAUAUCAUUAUGUGUAUAAGCCAUCUGUGUGAUAUUUGCACUGAGGGGUUCGUAGUAUCCAUUGCAACACACUGUAAAACAAUGCAAUCAGCAACCAAAUAUAAACACCAUCGCAAGUCAAGUGAUGAUCACCUCCUAACUUUGAGUGACUGUGUCUUUGGAAGUUACAUUUUAUGAUCAAGUUAAGGGUGUAAUUUUAAUGUAACAUCAAAUUAAUUUAGCAAUUCACAGAGCUGGUCACUGUGGGUGAUAGUAGACGCCUAUCUAGAGCAGUGUUGACAGACGCAGAUUUUUCUAGGAGGUUUACUUGGCCCGCCAUAGGUCUACAAAUUGACUUGGCUACAGUAUUUCACUUAUUUAUUCACAGUAUUUAUUUAUUGUUUGUAAUGUGAUAAUUGUUUUCAAUUGAUAGUGUGUAUCAAUAUCAUUAAUAUUUUGUAGCAGGGUAAAAAAAAAUAUAUAAAAAGAUUAUAUUCAUUAUGCUCCGUUUGUAGUGGUUUCUUAUGAAAUAAACAUACUUUUACCAUUAAUGAUUGCGCAAAGCAUUGUGGACUGUAAAACUGACUCAUUGAUGUGAUGUGUGUCGUACUUUUUAUUUACUUAUGUUUGUGAAGUGGUUUGAACCAA